AUGGAGUGGAAUAUGGACACGGCCAACCAAUCGCCGGCCAAGAAACAGCUUCUGAACCGAGACACUCUGGUACAACCAAGCAGUGAUGCAGGUGCGCAAGGGAUUUCGAAUCCAGAGAAACGGAACUUGCAAUCGUCAAUAGAAGCGCAAUCCAAUUCCGAUGCCAAUUAUGUCCCGCCCCCACCCCCAAAUGGAGGCUAUGGAUGGGUUUGCACCGCCUGCGUGGCUCUUGUCAAUGCACAUACCUGGGGCCUAAACUCAAGCUAUGGUGUCUUUCUCGCCCAUUAUCUGGCAAACAAGACGUUUCCCGAGGCCACCCCACUGCAAUAUGCCUUUGUGGGCUCACUGAGCAUUAGCUGCGCACUUAUCAUCUCUCCAGUCGCAACAAUAUGUGUGCGAGAAUUUGGAACCAAGCCAACCAUGUUUAUGGGUGUUAUUAUGGAAACAGCAAGUCUCAUCUGUGCUAGUUUAGCAAGCAAGAUCUGGCAUCUCUUUUUAACGCAGGGCGUUCUCUUUGGCCUUGGCAUGGGGUUCUUGUUUACACCAUCAGUUGGAAUUGUGCCACAGUGGUUCACCACAAAACGAUCUCUAGCCAAUGGAUUUUCCGCUUGUGGCUCUGGCCUUGGGGGCCUACUAUACUCGUUCGCUGCUGGUGCUAUGAUCCGGGAUAUGGGCCUAGAUUGGGCGUUCAGAAUCCUAGGAAUACUGGCCUUUGUUGUCAACACGGCCUGUAUCUUACUCAUCAAGGAUCGAAAUAAGAUUAUUGGAUCCAGCCAGUUGGCGUUUGACACGACACUCUUGAAACGACCCGAAUUUCUGUUGCUUCUUGGGUUUGGUUGGUUUAGUAUGCUGGGUUAUGUCGUGCUUAUCUUCAGUUUAGCCAACUAUGCGAACCAGAUCGGACUCGGGAGCUCACAAGCUGCACUCAUCAGUGCAUUCUUUAACCUGGGUCAAGGAGUUGGUCGGCCUUUCGUGGGGUAUUUUAGUGAUCAAACAGGUCGAAUCAACAUGUCUGGAUUCAUGACGUUCCUGGCUGGUGUGUUUGCGUUGGUUAUCUGGAUCAACGCCAAAGUCUAUGGCGUACUGAUCUUCUUUGCCAUUAUCUGCGGCAGUGUUGCUGGUACUUUCUGGACCACAAUUGGCCCAGUUACAGCUGAAGUGGUUGGUUUGAAGAACGUUCCUUCCGCACUGUGCUUGACUUGGCUCAUCAUCGCAAUGCCUUGCUUAUUUAGCGAGCCUAUUGCGCUUCAAAUCGUCCAGGGCACUGGGAGCUACCUGGGGACGCAGUUAUUCACCGGAUUGAUGUAUAUCGCUGCAGCAAUUUGCCUCAUGGCAGUGAGAGGCUGGAAAGUCGGCGAAAUUGACGAGAUUGCUAGGAUGCUUAACGAAUCCCCCGACAAUAUUGACCGAGUUAAGAUUGAGAACAACGAAGAGCUGUGCCAAGCAGGCAGGAAAGCGGGUAGAAAGAAGAUUGUGACCGACUGUUGUCGAUUAGAAAAGGUCUAA